AUGGCAAGCAACUGUCGAACAGAUUCAUCAGACUACCGAACUGAGCUCCUGUCACCUGCUCCGGCUGGAGAGAAUGUGACUAUGGCAAGUGAACAAUAUUGGCAACUCAGCAUGGAUAAGGACAGAAAAUUUUCAGAGUAUUACAACAGGCAGGAAAAGCUUCUCAAAGGGUUCAAUAAAGAGGACGCAUUUAAUGAAUUGGGCAUUUUGCCAGGGAGUUUGACUGAGGGAGAAAUGAUGCAGCUAGCAAGGAGUGAGAGGGAGGCAAUAUAUGCAUCUAAUGUGGCAAAUUUGGUGCUUUUCUUGGCAAACGUUUAUGCUUCUGUUGAAAGUAGAUCAUUGGCAGUCAUUUCAUCAACCUUGGACUCUUUACUAAAUCUAGGCUUUAUUUUGAAAAAUUGA